GCAUUUGACGAUGCUGUGGAGGAAAGAGUGAUCAAUGAAGAGUACAAAAUUUGGAAGAAGAACACCCCUUUCCUCUAUGACCUGGUUAUGACUCACGCCCUGGAGUGGCCCAGUCUUACAGCUCAGUGGCUGCCAGAUGUCACCAGGCCUGAGGGAAAGGACUACAGCGUGCACAGACUGGUUCUCGGGACCCACACUUCCGAUGAGCAGAAUCACCUAGUGAUCGCCAGCGUUCAGCUCCCAAAUGAUGACGCCCAGUUUGAUGCCUCUCACUAUGACAGUGAGAAAGGCGAAUUUGGAGGCUUUGGCUCUGUAAGUGGAAAGAUAGAGAUUGAGAUCAAGAUCAACCACGAGGGGGAAGUGAACAGGGCACGCUACAUGCCUCAGAACCCCUGCAUCAUUGCCACCAAGACCCCGACCAGCGACGUGCUCGUCUUUGAUUACACAAAACACCCCUCUAAGCCUGACCCCUCCGGAGAAUGUACCCCAGACCUGCGUCUCAGAGGCCACCAGAAGGAGGGCUACGGUCUGUCCUGGAACCCAAACCUCAGCGGCUGCCUCCUGAGCGCGUCGGAUGACCACACCAUAUGUCUGUGGGACAUCAGCACAGUGCCCAAAGAAGGGAAGAUUGUGGAUGCCAAGACGAUCUUCACGGGCCACACCGCCGUGGUGGAGGACGUCUCCUGGCACCUGCUCCACGAGUCGCUCUUCGGAUCGGUGGCAGACGACCAGAAGCUUAUGAUCUGGGACACGCGGUCCAACAACACCUCCAAACCCAGCCAUGCCGUGGACGCCCACACCGCCGAGGUCAACUGUCUGUCCUUCAACCCCUACAGCGAGUUCAUUCUGGCCACUGGCUCUGCGGAUAAGACUGUGGCUCUCUGGGACCUGAGGAACCUGAAGCUGAAACUUCACUCAUUUGAGUCUCACAAGGACGAGAUCUUCCAGGUUCAGUGGUCUCCCCACAACGAAACCAUCCUGGCCUCCAGCGGCACCGACCGGCGGCUCAACGUGUGGGACCUCAGCAAGAUCGGGGAGGAGCAGUCGCCAGAGGAUGCUGAGGAUGGUCCUCCUGAGCUUCUGUUCAUCCACGGUGGACACACAGCCAAGAUCUCGGACUUCUCCUGGAACCCCAACGAGCCGUGGGUCAUCUGUUCUGUAUCGGAGGACAACAUCAUGCAAGUUUGGCAAAUGGCUGAAAACAUCUACAAUGACGAGGACCCAGAGGGUGCUGCAGAUUCAGAGGUCCAGGCAUGA